AUGUUUCUCUUCUUUACUCUUCCCCCCAAGUACAGGACGAAGUGAGAGAGCCCAACGGCCCAUGGCGCCGCUUCCCAAACUACAUUUCCCAAGCUCUCCCCUGGGCGGGGCGUGGGGCGGUGAGUGGUCGGUGGCGGGGAGAGGUGGAUACUGGAGAUGGCGGCGGCGGUGGGAAUGAGCCUGUAGUCCUGCUGCUCUGUGCCUCGCCUCGGGCCGCACCUGAGCGAGAAGCUCCUGUGAGGAAGCAGGGCUGCCGCCCCGGGGCGGCUCGGACUGCGCCGUGCCGGGGAGCUGUCGUCUCCCGCCCAAUAAAGAAGAAUGUCCUUGUUUAAAGCUAGAGACUGGUGGUCCACCAUACUUGGAGAAAAGGAAGAAUUUGACCAAGGUUGUCUCUGUGUUGCUGAUGUUGAUAAUAGUGGCAGUGGACAAGAUAAAGUUAUUGUGGGCAGUUAUAAGGGAUAUCUCCGAAUCUUUAAUCCACAUCCUGUGAAACCUGGAGAUGAGGCACAACCUGAAGACUUGCUCUUGGAAGUACAGCUGCGAGAACCAAUAUUGCAGGUGGAAGUGGGAAAAUUUGUUUCUGGUACUGACGGACUUCACCUGGCUGUGUUGCAUUGCCGAAAACUCUGUGUGUAUGCUGUUUCAGGAACUCAGGGGAAUGUGGAGCAUGGGAACCAGUAUCAGAUUAAACUGAUGUAUGAGCACAAUCUUCAGAGAACUGCUUGUAAUAUGACUUAUGGCCCAUUUGGUGGUGUAAAAGGUCGAGAUUUGAUCUGCAUACAGUCCAUGGACGGGAUGCUCAUGUUGUUUGAACAAGAAAGUUACGCUUUUGGCCGGUUUUUACCUGGUUUUCUUCUGCCUGGCCCCUUGGCUUACAGCUCUCGCACAGACUCUUUCAUUACAGUGUCUUCUUGUCAGCAGGUUGAGAGUUACAAAUACCAAGUGCUGGCAUUUGCGACAGAUGCUGAAGAAAGACAAGACGCAGAGCAGCGAAAACUCAGUUCUGGAAAAAGACUUGUGGUGGAUUGGGUUUUAAACAUCGGAGAGCAAGCACGGGAUAUAUGCGUUGUCUCAUUUAAUCAGGGAGUUUCUUCAGUUUUUGUGCUUGGUGAGAGAAACUUCUUUUGCCUAAAGGAUAAUGGGCAAAUACGAUUCAUGAAAAAACUUGAUUACAGUCCGAGUUGCUUCAUUCCUUACUGUUCAGUACAAGAAGGAACAAUAAACACUUUAAUUGCAAACCACAGUAAAAUGUUGAAUAUUUAUCAAGAUGUUACACUGAAAUGGGCCACUCAACUUCCCUGCAUUCCUGUAUCAGUGAAAGUAGCAAAUUUUCAAGACUUGCAGGGUGUUAUAGUCACUCUGAGUGAUGAUGGCCAUCUUCAAUGUUCAUAUCUUGGAACUGAUCCUUCACUCUUCCAGGCUCCUAAGGUUGAUUCUAGGGAAAUAAACUAUGAAGAAAUGAGCGCUGAAAUGAAAGAGCUUCAGAAAAUCAUCAGGGAGGCCACAAAAACACAAGAUAUUUUGCCUGAGUCUGAAAAACAGAGAGAUGUUACUAUCACAGCAGAAGUUUCACCUGAUUUGGAUGAAGAAUCUCAAGCCAUUGACAGUGAGGUAAAAGCAGGGGCAGUACCAUCAGUCACAGUAAAGGUAACAAUCCAGAGCAGAGUGACUGCUCAGAAGCCAAACCUGGCCGUGUGUGUGCAAGCUCCGUUAGCAGUGACCUGUGACCAGUUUGUCUUUGAUGAUUUAGAACCAGAUUCAUCUGAAACUGUUGUCCUGUCUGUCUUUUUGAAGGAGAAUUGUUCUCCACCAGAACUAGAAGGAACUUGUAUGGUUUCAUAUAACAUACCAACAGAGCUCAAUCCUGAAGGAAUACCAAGAGUUUCACAGUGUAACUUCAGUCUGCCUUUGAAGUUAGUUUGCUUUGCAGCUCAACCCUCAAAAGCAGCAAACCACAAGCUAACUAUUGAUACCAACAAACCUCCCGUCAGUUUUGUCACCAUUUUUCCGGACUUUGUUGAUCCGUCUGAGGGUGACCAAGCAAAUGCUCUGGGAUUUCAAUUUUUAUCUGGUUCAAAAACCACUCUUCUUGCUUCAAAAACAUCACAACGAUACAGGAUUCAGAGUGAUCAUUUGGAAGACCUUUGGCUGGUAACAAAGGAGCUCGUACACCGACUAAAAGAGCAUUUCAAGAAGCAAAACUGCAAGGAUUUUGCAUGUACCUUUUCUGGUUCAAUUCCCCUGCAAGAGUAUUUUGAACUAAUUGAUCGACAUUUUGAGUUACGUUUGAAUGCUGAGAAAUACCAGGAGCUGUUAUCUGAAAGGGCUGUACAGUUUCGAGCCAUUGAGCGGCGACUGCUGACACGAUUCAAAGAUAAAACUCCAGCUCCUCUUCAACAUCUGGACACCUUGCUAGAAGGAACAUUCAGAGAGGUAAUAGCUCUAGCAGAUGCAGCAGAAGAAAAUCAAGCCAACAUGUUCCAGGCAUUUGCAAAGUUGAAAAGUGCCACCCAUCUGGUGAUUAUGCUGAUUAGUUUGUGGCAGAAGCUCAGCACUGAUCAAACUGCUAUUUUGGAAGCUACACUUUUGCCAUUAGCAGAAGAUACACAAGAGCUGGGUUGGGAAGAAACUGUGGAUGCUGGGGUCUCUUACUUGUUAAGAACUUGUUUGUCAAAGAGCUCCAAGGAGCAGGCCCUGACUCUCAGCAGCCAGUUGUCCAUGCCCAAAGACACCAGCAGACUGAAGAAGAACAUCACCCUCUUCUGUGAUAGAUUAGCUAAAGGUGGUCGUCUUUCAUUAAGUACAGACUCAGCCACUCAGCAAGCUGCUGUCAUGCCAGGGCAUUCCAAGUUCCAGAAUUGCGAAAAUGGGAAAAGUAAGAUGGAAGAGUAACAAGACACAUAUUUUUGAAAGGGUUGUGAAAAGGUUUUUAUUAUGUUGUUUAGAACAUCUCCCCUCCUCAAUUGAUAUUACAGCUGGCAAAAACCACAGGGGGAAGGAGUACAAAGGUUAAGAAGGCUAAAGCAAUAACAUGUUUGAAAAAAUGAAUAAUUUAAAGAGGAAAAUGUCAUGCAUAAUGAAUAAAAAAGAAAUCCCUCUUGAGAUCUGGGAUUCAUUCAUUUGUGGUUCUAUGAAAUUUAGUUGGCAGCACUGCAAUUCCAACUUGCCUCAACUAAGUACAGUUCGGAUCAACACAUUAGUGCCUUGGUGUCCACGCUUCUAUUGCUGGCUCUUUGCAUUGAAAUCCAUUAAAUUUUAAUAUGUCCUACUUAGGUAUAAGUGGUCACAAAUGAUUCAUAAUGUUGAGGUAAGCUUUUGGUGAAAAUUGUCAGUUGAAAAAAUUUCCCUUUAUGAUCUUGCUUAUCACUGGACUUUAUUUUCUCUGUUGUUUGAAGCCUUUAGAAAACACAAGAAAAAUAAACUUCUAUAAUCCUCAUUAAUAAGGUAAUUGUUCAAAACUAUGGAAGAAGAAUUGCUAAUGGAGAAAGCGUACAAUCUCUGACCUUGCAUUUCAGAAGAUUCAAUAGUAGCAGAUAAAAAAAAGCUAAAACCUGGACAGUUAUUUUAAGAGACUGAAAAAAUUAUGCCAUUUUUUAAAAAAUAAAGCCAAACUUUAAUAAUGUAGCAUAAUAAUUUUACUUGAGGUAUGAUAUUAACAAAGAUUCAGUCUUGUAUGUCUAGUUAGACUUUGGAUUUCCACUUACCAGAUUUCUUGGUUCCUCUAAGUUUUUUUUUUUCUGUGAUAUUUGAAGAACAGCCUAUGAACAGCUUAUAUGAUGAAGUGCACUGGUAUUUGUAUAUGAGCUGUAGGCAUUUGAAGACCAUAAUUAGCUCUGCAGUUUGCAUGACAUUACUUUUCCUUUUCAAUCCCUAUCUGGACAAGAUCACCAAAAAUUACAGGGAUUGUCUAUUUUCUUAAGUACAACCACGGCAAAUUAUCCAUCCACAAAUAAAAGUUACAAGCAGAGAGAUGGUACAGAUGAGUGAAGCAGGAUAUGUCAAAUAUUAUGACUUACUCAGUUUCUUCUGACUGGGAGUAGCAUCCUUCUGUCAGCAGAGAUGCAACUGUUUAGACAUCAGGAGAUGUGGCCAUUAUUUCAGUUACCAUGAUCCAUUUAUUUUGCAUUUGCUAUUCUUGGAUUUCUGGCACAUUUACGUUGAAUAAACCUGAUCCUCUUAUGCUGCCAUAAGUUAGGUGUACCUUAGCUGAAAUUGUUAGUUACAUUAUUAUAAAAUGCUCUAAUCAACUGUGCCUAGAAUGAGAUAGUUGUUUGCAUAAUUAUGUUUAUGUAAAUGUUAUCAUUGAAUUUAUCUUACAGCUUUUGAAGGUCUGUUUAGUCUUCAGUUAAAAAAAAUUUAGUGAAUGUUUUGUCUUCAGUUAAAAAAAAAAAAUCAAAACCCGCUUGAACAAUAAAGAUUAAUGUUACGUUUUUCUUAAUAUUCAGGUCACUUAAAAAUGAAGGUGUUUGUAUACGUGAGAUUGAACUCAUCAUUUCUGUUAUGUAGGUAGUGUAAGUAACAUGUACGAGUCUAUGGAACUCUGUGGUGAAUUAACAGUGUAAAACUAUAUGUAUAUCACUAACACCAUUUACAGUGUAUUUGCUCUUCCACAUUACCAUAAAGGAGUCCAAUAAAUCUAAACCUAGUGAAAAUUUCAUAUUUUGUACAUGCAGAACUGAUUUUUCAAUUACUUCAGACUUUUUCAGAGCCUAAUCCAAAUCCUGAUGAAAUCUGUGGGAGUUUUUCCAUAGACUUCAGUAAGCUUUGGCUCAAGCCCCCACUUUUCAAUUUUUCAAACGGAUUUGCCAAAAAUCUGCAGAGAGCCAAGCACUUGGAAAGUUUUUACUUGCAAAGUACAGCUGGUUUUGAGUUGCAUACAGGAAAGUUCCCAGUGCUUUUUUGAAACAAAAAAAAAGUAGUUUUAAAGGUCUUUUAAUUUUAGGUAAAGAAGUGGCUCUAACAUUUGAAGCUGAAAUUGCCUUGGGUUUUAGUCUGAGCAUGACAAACUCUGUACUAGAAAAUUGUUUUUAAAAUGCAUAACUGUAUGAUAACAAAGCUUUAAACUGCAUUUUCAAUAUAACUUUAGCUAAAAUUUUCUUGGAUAAUGAGUUUCAGAGAGCCAGGGAUGUCUGUACUAAUAAAUGAUUUCUCUCUCUCUCUUUUUUUUUUUUUCCUUUUUUUUUUUCUUUUUUUCUUUUUUUUUCUUUUCUGCAGUGGAAAACUACACUGCAAUCAAAGAAGUAUUCCCUGAGGUUAACUGUACUAAUUUUAGAGAGAGCUCUUGAACUUCAGGGAACAUGUUACCCAGGCAGAUCCAUCUGGUGAUGUAGGGCAGUUUUCACUGCCUCUGGGUGGUUGGAUCCCAGACUUGGAGGUAGAUGUGGUUGGACAUGCUGGGUUUUAGAGAGCGUGAGACACAGCCAGUGCCUCGGCAAGCAUCACUCAUACCCUGGCAUAUCAGCCUAAGAAUAAAAUAGUGACAUUUUAAGAUAGCAUCUUGGGUUGUGGAUGACAGUCAGUGAUGUGUAGAAUCUCUCUCAAUCUCACUUUUAUUUUUUGUCUUUUUGAGUGAUCACCUCUAGCACAGAUUGGAUGCAGACCUGGCUGCAGUAAUGUUCCUCAGUAGAUACGUUGUGAAUUCCACCCCCAUGGUCUUGGUGGAUUUUUCUUACGGAGAAAAAGGGCAACAUCUUCCUGCCUCUGAAUGCCUGACAUUGUGACAAAGCUGUGUAUCAUCAGUAUUAAACUUGCAGGGUUUUUUUCCUGGAUUUUUAAAGAAUGACAGCAUGUUUAUGACUGUUCCACUUUUUUGUGAGCAGUCAGCUGUUAAGUCUACUCAUGAACCUGGUAUCAGUGGUUCAGCUAAUGUUCACAUGAUAAGUGAAAGUCCAUAAAUUCAUGUUUCCCUUGUCCUGUGUUUAUUCCUUAAAAUUUUUAUCUUGUAUCUAACUUGGAAAAUGUCAUCAAAUCGAACAUACCAGGUGCUUCAUGACUCUGGCGGAUUUAAAAAUUUUUUAAAAAAUAAUUCUUUUUUUCCUAAUUGUGUUCUGGCUGAAACACAAAGACUGAUGAUAACAGGGCAUGCAAAAGCAAAGAGUUGAUAAACUUGAUCCUAAAGGUUUUAUUUUGAUUCAGUUACACUUUGAGGCAAAGAUUUAGCUCACCCUCUGCUAAUUAGAAUAUUGCUAAAGAACUAAUAAAAAAGUAAUGUGUAGUUAGUUACAUAAUGCUGAAGCACUUUUUUUAGGAUUGUAAAAGCCUUCAGCAAACUGGUAAAAACUGCAGGCUUGAUGAGUUUCAUGCAAUUGUCAUGGUAGGCUGCAUAUCUGGUGGGUGUUUGCUGUAUGUUAUAAGUGCAAAUACCACAGCAGGGUGCACUGCCAGGAGCUCACUGUCUUUUGAUGAAAGAUAAUACUUUAUUAAUUCUGACCCUAACCAAAGCUUGACUUACUCCACUUUAGGAAAACUAGUUAACUGUAAAUUAGAGAUAUCACCAAAAAGAGUAUUACUUCAAAGUUGGGAAAUGAUUAGGGGGAUGUUUCACUGUUUUAGUUGAGUUUCAAUUUUAAUGACUUACUGUCUUCUAUGUAACAAUAAACAGCUGUGCCACACUCAAUGUUUCAAAGAAAAUUUACUCAGCCUUUAAAUUUACCAUUAGAGAUCAAAGAGAAAGUCUGAUGUACAUGGAUGAUGGAGGAUGCCUCAAUUCAAAUGAAUGGGUGAACAGAAGUAGUGCAACUAGAGGUAAUAAAUAUUAUGAGCAGCCUUUUUCAUGUAAGUUGUGUGGUGCUUAACUAUAUUGAAUUUUACAGCUGCACUGAGAAAUCUUCUGUAAUUAUCUUAAAACUGUAUCAGAGUAUUGAUAAGCAUGUGUUUCUUCUAGCACUUUUUUCAAAUAAACUUGUCAGUCAAAACUGAGGGAUUUUAAAGUGAAAAUAAUUGCCGGUGACAUUCUUGAAACCAGCUUAGAAAUAAAUGGGUGCUUGAAUUACCUAUAGGAAUUUGUGGAGGAUGUUUCAGGGUAAAAUCUUGCUGAAUGAUCAGAUUUUCCAAUCUUAAGAUCUAUUUAAAUAGAUAUGAAUUUGUUGUGUUUUAUUUUCUCUAAAAUGAAGCAGGUUUCUUGUAACUGGAGCAGUCAUUAGGUGUAUUAGGUUGCUGUUCAGAGAUGCUUAAAUGAAGUUAUGAUCUGACAUUCUCAUUUGAAUCAGGUCAUUAAUAAAGCAUGGAACAAUGUGACAGGAGUUGCACAGGACAUUAAAGUUAGUG